AGGGUACCCCUUGUCGUUUCAGUUCAAAAUAUUUCGAAAAGCUACGCCGCCGCCUCGGCUCCUCCCCUCCACGCUUCUCGCUCGGAUCCGGGCGAACGGAAAAUCAAAAAUCGAGGCUUUUUUUGCCAGCUCGGCGCUUCCAAAUUCCUGCGAGCACCUCGACUCCGCGAUUCUCUUGAGGUUUUUCGGAGUUUUUCCGAUCCAAAGUGCGAGUUCAUCGGCGCUUCAAAGGCACGAGAUUCUUUGCCUUCGAGUUCACUCCACCCCGCCCCAAGAAAGCUCCCCUUCCCCCACCGACGACAAGAAAAACCUAGCUAUAACCCUUAAUCCCAUUAGUAAUCCCGUCCAUGGCCUCGUCGCUACCGCCUCGCGGCCCCUACGUGAAGAAGGAGAACUUGGGGACUCCGCGGCGGGGGAUGGGGUUCAAGGUGGCAUCGCCAAGGAACGUGCUGUCAGCUAUCAACAACGGCGCGGCGAACGGAGGGGCGCCGUCGGCUCAGGCAGAUGGCGGCGGCAGCGGGGCGGAGGCGGCGCCUGUGGUCGAGUUCAGUGGGAGGGAGGAUGCGGAGCGGCUCCUUGCCGAGAAGAUGAAGGGCAAGAGCAAGAACGAUUUCAAGGGGAGAGUUGAUCAGAUGAGUGAGUACAUCAAGAAGCUGAGGGCGUGCGUCCGGUGGUACAUGGAGCUGGAGGAUGGCUAUUUGGCCGAGCAGGAGAAGCUCCGGGGUGCUAUGGAUGCGGAGAAUACCCGUCAUACCGAGUUGGAGGCCAAGCUUAGCAAUGCUAUUGAAGAGUUGAAAGCUGCUAACUUGGACUUGACAAGACGUUGCGAUUCUCUAGAGGAGAGCUUCAACAAAGAGAUGUCCGAGAAAACGAUUGCUGUGGAGUAUUACGAGAAAGAGAAGAAGGAACGGGAAUCAGCCGAGACUUCGCGGGAAUUACUGACUGUGGACCUAGAAAGGGUCACUCAUGACGCAAUGCGGUUUAGUGAGCAGCUAAAAAUGGUCCAAGACACGAACAAAAGGCUUCAAGAAUACAACGCCAGCUUACAGCAAUACAACAGUAACCUUCAGGCUGAUGCCUCAAAGAGUGGCGAGGCUAUCUCAAAACUGCAGAAGGAGAAGAGCGCCAUGAUGGAAACUAUGGCUGUUCUGAGAGAAUGUAAUAGCUCAAUGAACAAUCAGCUUGAAUCUUCCAGAGUUUCUCAGCAAGAUGCAAUUAGGGUGAAAGAAGAACUUAGAAAAGAAGUUGAGUGCCUUAGAGCUGAGUUGAAUCAAGUUAGAGAUGAUCGUGAUCAUUCUGUUGUGCAACUGAACAACUUGAACAUUGAACUUGCUAAUUACAAGGAACGAUAUGGAAAAUCUUCAAUGGCAUGUGAGAGCAUGAGCGUAAAAGUAUCAGCACUUGAGGUUUGUAGUUUCAUAUUCAUCCUUAUGUCUCGUUUGAAUAACUAUUGGUCUUACAAUUAUUCUUGUUAUCAGGAAACAUGCAACACACAACAAGAACAAAUUCAGAAUUUUCAGAAGCAACUUGCAGUUGCAACUGAGAAGCUGAAGCUUGCUGAUGUGACCGCAAUUGAGGCGAUGACAGGAUAUGAAGAGCAGAAAGAGAAAAUAAAAUAUCUCGAGGACCGUUUGGCACAUGCUGAAUCCCAAAUUAUUGAAGGUGACAAGUUGCGGAAAAAAUUACACAAUACUAUAUUGGAAUUGAAAGGGAACAUUAGAGUUUUCUGUCGGGUUCGACCACUUUUGUUUGAUGGUAAUUCAAAUGGUUCUGAAGAAGCCUUUAUCUCAUAUCCAACAUCAGUAGAAUCUGCUGGGCGUGGUAUUGAUUUGAUUAACCAAGGUCAGCAGCUUUCCUUUUCGUAUGACAAGGUCUUUGACCAUGAUGCUUCACAAGAAGAUGUAUUUGUGGAAAUAUCACAACUAGUCCAAAGCGCACUUGAUGGGUACAGGGUAUGCAUAUUUGCAUAUGGUCAAACUGGAUCCGGUAAAACAUACACGAUGAUGGGCAAACCAGGCGUUGAUAAAAAGGGCAUCAUACCUCGGUCUUUGGAGCAAAUUUUUAAGACAAGUCGAUCUCUAGAAUCUCAAGGAUGGAAGUAUUCUAUGCAGGCAUCGAUGCUGGAAAUAUAUAAUGAGACAAUUCGUGAUCUGUUAGCACCGGAUCGCUCGAAUAGUUUUGAGAUGACCACUAGUAAACAGUACUCUAUAAAGCAUGACCCGCAUGGAAAUACAACUGUGUCUGACCUCACAGUUAUUGAUGUUUUCGAUAUCGCUGAUGUGACUUCUCUUCUUGAGAAAGCAUCCAAGAGCAGAUCUGUCGGUAGGACCCAGAUGAAUGAACAAUCAUCUCGGAGCCAUUUUGUGUUCACGCUGAAGAUAUCUGGAUCAAACGAGAACACAUGCCAACAAGUCCAAGGGGUCCUUAACUUGAUUGAUUUAGCUGGGAGUGAGCGUCUUGCUAAAAGUGGUUCCACAGGUGAUCGCUUGAAGGAAACUCAAGCAAUAAAUAAAAGUCUAUCAGCUCUAAGUGACGUAAUAUUUGCGAUCGCAAAAGGAGAUGACCAUGUUCCCUUCAGAAAUUCUAAACUUACGUACCUGUUGCAGCCAUGCCUUGGAGGAGAUUCAAAAACUCUCAUGUUUGUCAAUAUUUCACCGGAGGGGUCAUCCGUUGGGGAGACGAUAUGUUCGUUGAGGUUUGCUUCAAGGGUGAAUGCUUGCGAGAUCGGAAUACCGAGACGUCACACACAAUCCCGACCCUUGGAUUCCAGGCUGAGUUAUGGGUGAAGUAGUUGUAGCUAUACAAUGAGUUGGCUUUUGCCACAUCUGGGCAGCUGGCUUCUUGUAGCAUGUACAGUAGGACGUCGGCGAGGUGCUGAGAACAGCAUGCGUACGAGUGCUGACAUCUUGUGAUGAUUUCCUUCUGUUGUAGCAGAUUUGACUAGUAUUAAUUGCCUCUGUGUUCUCUGCAACAGCGAGUUGAAACUUGUAUAUUUUUUCUGCCAGGCAGAACUCAGCUGCUGUCUUGUAACAACAGCAACGAUAUUAUAUGCCACUGAGAAAUCUUGCACCCAGUUGUGCAACCUUCGAGUA